AUGGCCGAAGUCUUCGGCACCGUGUCCGGCGCUUUGAGCGUGGCGGCUUUGUUCAACAACUGCGUCGACUGCUUCGAGUACAUCCAACUGGGCCGUCAUUUUGGUCGAGACUUCGAACGCUGCCAACUCAAACUCGACAUCGCCAAGAUCCGAUUGAGUAGAUGGGGCAAAGCAGUCGCGAUCAACGAUGACCCACGCUUUGCCACCAACACGCCUGAUGACAGAGAUUCUCGACAGGUCCAAGCGAUCCUGGAAGAGAUCGAACUGCUCUUCCAGACCGUACAGAAGUCAUCGAAGCGGUACGAGAUCGAUGCCAGGAAAGAUGAUUUGGUGCGCUUCGAAGACAAGGACAUGCAGCCGGUGGUUCGGGAACUGCACAGCCGACUGGGGGUUGUCGCUCGCCAGAGACAAAAGCGAACGGGUUUGUUAGCGAAGGCGGCGUGGGCGCUGUACGACGGCAAGAACUUUGACAGGCUGGUAGAACAGAUCACGGGAUUUGUGGAUGAUCUGGAGAAGCUGUUUCCUGUGGAGACCACGCGUCGUGGGCUCGUAGAGCUAGAAAUUGAGGAGGUCGACGAUGAGCCGAGCUUGAUGGCUCUGCAGGACGCUGCUGCCGGUACCGAUAGUGUCUUGUCCGAGGCCGUUACGGAGAAGAUUGAAGGAAUCGCAGGGAGAAACUAUGCAAAGGACAUUAACAGCGAAGGGAUGGCGAGGGUGCGAAUCGGGAACGAGUGGAGCGAGACUGCCUUUACUCGUGGCACGGGUAUCGCGGAUCGGACCGUGAACCUAGCCGAUUCUGUCGCGGCCAAGGGUACGUCCGCGGUACACAUAGGGAACCAGUAUGGCGGACGGGGCAUCUUUAAUUAG